AUGCAAUCAUCAAACAAAAUUAAUUCAUCUAGAGAUAAAAUACAAACGAAUUCUAGUGAUGAAAAUUAUUCCGAAAAAGAAACAAAUUCACCAAUAAAACAUGAUUAUUUACUUUUAAAUAAUUCAAUUAGUACAAAUAAAUUUGAAUCUACAUUAACAUCAAACUUCCAUCAAAUAUCUAAUCUAACUACUGUAUUACCUAUUAAUAUAAUUUCAACAGAAUAUAACAAACAAUCAUCAUUAUUAAGUACAACCCUUUUCAAUAACAAUAAAAAAUAUAAACUUAAUACUGCCAUGAUACCAUCUUAUCAUAUGAAUCAUCAAUUACCAAUAUCACAAAAUAUAAUAAUAGAUAAUGAAUUCAUAAAUAAAAAUCUAUCUGAAAUAAUCAAUAGAAAUGAAAAAGUUGAUCAAAUAUAUAAUCCAUCAAUACCAAAACCAUGUUAUCCUCUUUGGAAUAAUAUAUCAAAUGAAAAUAUUCUAUUUCAAAAUAAAAAUAAUCAUUUGACGUUCAUAGAAAAAAAUAGAUUUUCUGAAGAAAUAAAUCAUAAUGAUUAUAAUCAAAAUUAUCACUCAUCAACUACAUUAUUUACAUUUAUUACACGACAACAAUAUUUAAAAGAACAACAAAUACUUAAUGAACAUAUUCUAUAUGUUAAGCAAACAGAACCUUUAUAUAAGACAUAA